AAUAAUCUUUCCCUUUCACUGAAGCACGUUCUGGGGUUGGUAAAAUAGUGGCUGUGUGGCUUGUUUUGAGAUUUCAAGAGAUGAAAUUUGUUAACUUUUUUGUGUGUUCGAAAUUUGUUUCCAAAAAAUCAUUUUUCUUUUGAGUCUUUGAAUUAGGUAGAUGGUGUUAUUUAUAUGGGUUUUGAGUAAUCAAAGCUGCUGAGGUUUCUUGACCCUCCCUUAAUCCCACCUUCUCUAGCUGUAUAACAUCAUUUCUUUUCGUUUGGACUAUGAAACAUAGAUCUUGUUUUAGUUGUUAGUGUUGAGGUUUCAAAGAGAUCUUUGAGGUAAAAAAGAAAAAAAAGGGGGGGAAUUUUGUGGAUUUUACAGUGAAAGGUGUGAGGCAUGCCUUAGCUUUGAAAAUUCUGAGCUGAUAUAAUACAUUUACUCAAAGUAUAUAUAUAUUUUUUUAUUUUUUGUCGGACUCAAAUUGGCAAUUUUGUUUCCAGUUGCUCAAGGAAUUAGAAUUAACUGAUAAAAUCUGGAGGGUGCAGAGAAUCUGCGAGAGUUUUAGUAAUAUGUUCAUCAUGGAACCAUUGGUUUGAUUAAUUCUUUAUCCUGUGAAGAACCCUGCAAAUUGGCCUUCUAAGAUGAUGAGUCAAGAAGAUGAUCCAUCUCCAUCUGGGCAAAAGAAGAGAACUCCCAUGUGCAUUUUCUUUAAGGAUGCCAGGCAUGUCUUUAAAUUGGAUGAACUUGGACUGGAGAUUGCACAAAUUGCACUGCCCGCAGCACUAGCUUUAACGGCCGACCCAAUUGCUUCUCUGGUUGACACAGCAUUUAUUGGCCAAAUAGGCCCUGUAGAACUUGCUGCUGUAGGUGUUUCUAUUGCCCUGUUCAAUCAAGUAUCCAGAAUUGCAAUAUUCCCUCUUGUCAGUGUCACAACCUCUUUCGUGGCUGAGGAAGAUACUAUUAGAAGAGGGAGUACUGAGAUGCUAGAUAGUGAAUGCUUAGAAGAUGGUUCAUGUUUAAAUGGUGAAACUAAGAAGUUAAUGCCAAAGAAUGAUUCCAGUGAGACUGCAUUUACAUCAAAAACACUCAGUAGUAGCUUUGAUAUUGCUAAAGUUGAGAAUCAAAGAAGACACAUCCCAUCAGCUUCAUCAGCACUGGUUAUUGGUGGCAUCCUUGGUCUCAUCCAGGCUGUUUUCCUCAUAUCUGCCGCAAAACCUCUAUUAAACUUCAUGGGAGUCAGCUCUGAUUCUUCCAUGCUAACUCCUGCACAGCAAUACUUGACAUUAAGGUCACUUGGGGCUCCUGCUGUUCUUCUCUCAUUGGCAAUGCAAGGGGUCUUUCGUGGAUUUAAAGACACAAAAACUCCUUUAUAUGCCUCCUUGGCAGGAGAUGUAACAAACAUAGUUUUAGAUCCAAUUUUUAUGUUCAUUUUCGGCCUAGGUGUCACUGGUGCUGCCAUUGCACACGUCAUAUCUCAGUAUCUUAUAGCAGUUAUACUUUUUUGGAGGUUGCUGAGUCAAGUUGAUCUCUUACCUCCUAGUAUCAAACAUCUGCAGUUCAGUAGAUUUCUUAAGAACGGUUUUCUGUUACUGAUAAGGGUAAUGGCUGUUACAUUCUGCGUCACCCUUUCUGCAUCAAUGGCUGCAAGGCAGGGAUCAACAUCCAUGGCUGCAUUUCAGAUCUGUUUGCAGGUUUGGUUAACAACAUCUCUUCUGGCUGAUGGUUUAGCUGUUGCUGGCCAGGCAAUACUUGCUGGUGCCUUUGCAAGAAAAGACUAUGAUAAGGCAACAGCCACUGCAUCUCGAGUAUUGCAGUUGGGAUUGGUUUUGGGGUUAAUGCUUGCUGUCAUGCUUGGAAUGGGAUUGAACUUCGGAGCAAAAUUGUUCACAAAAGAUGCCAGUGUCCUCCACCUCAUUGGUACAGGCAUUCCGUUUGUUGCAGGCACCCAACCCCUCAAUUCCUUGGCCUUUGUUUUUGAUGGUGUCAAUUUUGGAGCAUCUGACUUUGCAUAUUCUGCCUGCUCCUUGGUUCUGGUUGCUAUUGUCACCAUUGUAUGUUUGUCCAUUUUCUCCUCCAGUCUCGGGUUCUUGGGGCUCUGGAUUGCCCUGACCAUAUACAUGAGCCUUAGAGCAUUUGCUGGCUUCUGGAGGAUAGGAACAGGAACGGGGCCUUGGAAGUUCCUCAGGUGCUGAAAUGUGGACUUGUUUCCUUGAAUUUCUUAUCAAGAAUACAAUUUCGAAAGUGUACAGUCAUUUUUACUGCAUUCUGUCCGGAGGAUAUGGUGGUUCCUUAGAAGCCUCCCCAUGUUUCUCUGCAUAGGAAUUUGUUAAAAAUACCAGCAAAUUUUCAUUUCAAUAGAAAAAAAAUUAAAGAAAUAAAGACUCCUCCAUAUGGAUGUAAUGUUAAGAAAAAUCAUAGCAAGUGUAGAAUUUAUGGUCCAAUGCUUUAAAUUGAAAUCAAACUGCAUUCUUAAU